AUCAUUCGGUGCUGUGGCAAAACGUCGAACAACCACCGCAUGAGCAUGGCUGGCGCCCAAAAGCAACACAGUCGUGGUGGUAAGAAGGAAGACGACAACGAUGCAUUGAUGCGUUUGCCCGACAAGGAAAUUGCAGGAUGCAUCAACGAUAUUGGAAUCCCGUUCACCUCGACCGACCUCGCGAAUCCGAAUCCGCAACAUAUCCAGAUAGUCUUCGAACGGUUCGCGGAACUGCUCAUGAAUGUGACUCGAGAAACUGUCGAGCCAGGAAUGCAUGCAGCUGCAAACGAAGUUUGCGGAGACUAUCCAGAUAUUUUUCCCAAGGAGACCCGUAACCUCAUGGGGCUCCUCAUUAGAAUCCAAAAGCUGUUGUCGGAGUGCGGUAUUAACGACUUCACUUUCACCGACCUGAACAAACCAACCCAUGAUCGACUUGUGAAGGUCUUUUCCUACCUUAUCAACUUUGUCCGGUUCCGUGAAUCGCAGACUCCGAUCAUUGACAAACAUUUAAACGAUACUGAGGAGAUGAAAACGCGCAUCCAAGAGCUCUCUGCCAAAAACAAGGAGAUGCGACAACGCCUAGCAAGAUCGCAACAAGAACAGCGGAUAAAGCAGCCGGAAUUACACGAAAAAGUGGCACGAAACGACGAGCUCAAGGCCCGGCUUUUAGAUUUACGUCGUGAGCAAUCGCAGGUAGCGGAAAAUAUUGAUCAUAUCAAGUACCAGCGAGCACGGAGGCAGCAACAGCUUGAAGAAAAGACACAGAGAUUGGUUCGAACUCGGCGUGAAGCUGAGAGGCUGCAACCUUACGCUUUGGAAUCUGCGGUCACAUUGCAGUCAUUAUUGAGUGAGCUAGCCGGAAAAAUUAGGCGGGAGAAAAGCCAGAUUGAUGGAUUGCAAAAACGAGCACGAGAAUUGCAGACCUCGUCAGAAUUGUUCACAGUGGCCUCAAAUAAUGUCCAGACAUGUGUCACGCUACUUGAGGAAAUAUCCACCGAGAUGCAGAAGGAAGAUGAGGAAAAAUCUCGCGCCGCCCGGAACAAGGAAGCUAUUUCAGAUCAAGGUGCCAGUGUACGAGAUAUUGAGCAGACAGAGAAACUCCUGCAACGCCAACUAGCUCACUGGGAUGAACGAAUUGGACACCUUCAUAAGAAUGCCCAAGAAAAGGCAGAACUUGCACAGACCAGGAUGGAAGAACUUCUAAAUGUACAGCAACAACUCCGAGAAGAACGUGCAGAGAAGCAAAUUCCUAUGGAGCAAAUUCGAAUCCGCACUGAGCGGGCAGAGAAGAAGAUGGAGGAUCUCAAGGAGAACAUCGAGAGCGAGAUCCAAGCAGCAAACAGCCGGUAUCUCCAAUUGGCAUCACGUAUUGAGCUCUAUAUGACUGAGCUAGAACCGCUACUGUGA